AUGCCCGACAGAAUUACACGAAUCACAGCAGAUCUUCAAGACCUCGGGAAUUUCUACAACAUAUCCAUAUCUCCCCUCCGUCGAACACGACUACACAGAUAUCUCUCCUCAGAACUCAAAUCUCUCCAAGCAACAGACUUUGAAUCAUAUGAUCAAGAAUCCAAGAUCGACUUCCUGCUGUUGCAAAAUUAUCUGAGAAGAAAUUUAAGGCAAUUGGAGCUAGAUGAGGAGAAGGAUGGGAAGAUGGAGGUCUUGCUCCCAUUUGCGGGGACGAUUGUGGGUUUGUGCGAGGAUAGACAGCAGAUGAAAGAAGUGAAUGGGGAGAAAGCAGCGAGAGAGUUGACAAGUAUCAGCACACAGAUUUUGGAAGUGAAGAAGCAAGUGAAGAGCAUCAAAAUCAAAGUUGAAAAGUCAAGCGCUUAUCGAGCUGCUAAUACCAUUGAUCAGCUAAGAGAUCAUUUGAAAGAAUGGUAUGGAUUCUUCAAAGGAUAUGACCCUAUGUUCACCUGGUGGGUCUCGAAACCAUAUGAGAAGAUUGAUGAAGAAAUGAAGUCCUUUGCAGCAUUCGUCAGAGAAGAGCUUGUCGGUAUCAAGCCCGGAGAUUCGGAUGCAAUUGUCGGGGAACCGAUAGGAAGAGAAGGUCUGCUGGCAGACCUCGAAGCGGAAAUGAUACCCUAUUCACCAGAAGAGAUCAUCAGAAUUGGAGAGCAAGAGUAUAUAUGGUGUGAAGCAGAGAUGAAGAAAGCAUCUCACGACCUAGGAUACGAUGAUUGGAGAGAAGCCUUGCAAUACGUGAAGAAUCUCUACGUCCCUCCAGGACAACAAACGCUACUCGCUCGACACUUGGCCAACGAGGCCGUUGACUACGUCAAGAAACACGACCUCAUAACCGUCCCAAAGAUAGCAGAAGAAACAUGGAGGAUGUUCAUGAUGACUCCCGAACGCCAGAAAGUGAACCCAUUCUUCCUCGGCGGCCGCUCAAUCAUCGUCUCCUAUCCCACGGACACGAUGGACCACGAAGACAAGCUGAUGUCUAUGCGUGGGAACAACAUCCAUUUCUCACGCUCAACAGUCUUUCACGAGAUGAUCCCUGGACAUCAUCUCCAGUUCCAUUAUAUGGCUCGGUCACGACCUUAUCGAAAGAUGUUCGAGACGCCAUUUUGGAUUGAAGGCUGGUCGUUAUAUUGGGAGAUGAUCUUGUGGGACAAGAACUUUCCCGCGACGCCUGAGAACAAGAUCGGGAUGCUGUUCUGGCGUAUGCAUCGCUGUGCACGUAUCAUUUUCUCUGUGAAGUUCCAUUUGGGGUUGAUGACACCGCAGGAGUGUAUUGAUAUGCUAGUUGAUAUGGUGGGACAUGAGCGAGCCACAGCAGAGGGAGAAGUGAGGAGGUCGUUCAAUGGGGAUUAUUCGCCAUUGUAUCAAGCGGGGUAUAUGCUUGGUGCUCUUCAGCUGUACUCUUUGAGGAAGGACUUGGUGGAUGGUGGAAAGAUGGGCGAGAAGGAAUACCAUGAUAGGGUCAUGAGAGCAAACAUCAUGCCGAUUGAGAUGCUGAGAGCUUUGAUUAAGAACGAGAAGGUGAGGGAGGAUUUCAAGACUUCUUGGAGAUUCUAUGGGAACCUUGAUGACUCGAAGAGUAUGUAA